AGUCCAGCCGCUACACUCUUCAGCCACAUCUGUUUUUACUCGUUUUUACUCUGCUCUCCUAUAAUUCCUUUCAGGAAUUAAAACACAGGCCAGGCAGGUUGUUUGGAAAUGAUGCUGCAUCUUCUUCUUCUUCUCUGCCUCUGCCACCUGGAACCGACUGAGGAGUCCAGCAGUCCAGAUCCAGAUGUCUCCAGUAUUCCAGCUGAUGUGAAGGAGAACAAAAGCAGCUGUGGAAGAACAUUCAGCCCUGAGGAGCGCAGGCUGAUAGGGGGCGACGUAGAGCAGCUGGGCCUGGAGCUCCUGAAAACACUGCCCAUCAGCCGGCAGCAGCCAAACGUCAUCAUCUCUCCUCUCAGCCUGGCGCUUGCCCUCGCUCAUCUUACUUUAGGCGCUCGCAACGAGACGGAGAAGCUUCUUCUGCAGAGUCUUCGUGCAAGCAAUUCUCCGUGUUUCCACCAUGUCCUGGGAAGCCUAUUACCUCAUUUAAGCCACACAUCGUUGGAGGUGGCAGCACGCAUGUACCUGAGACCAGGAUUUAAAGUGAAGUUGUCGUUUGUUGAGGAAUCUCUGGCCAGGUACCAGUCACAGCCCGUUCCUUUGGUGUCUGUAGAGGAGGUCAACCAGUGGGUUGAGAACAUUACCAAUGGUCACAUCUCCAACUUCCUAGAAAGUAUUCCUGAUGAUGUGGUUCUAAUGCUCAUGAAUGCUGUUUAUUUUAAAGGUCAAUGGCAAACACAGUUCGACCCCCUGGCAACCACAAAGGGAGUGUUCUACCUGGACAGCCAGACCUCAGUCUCAGUGAACAUGAUGAAAUCUGCUCAGUACCCGCUACGGCUGAUGGAUGAUCCAGAACUACAGGCUCAGAUUGCCAGUUUUCCUUUCAAGGGAAACACCAGCCUCUUCAUCGUCCUACCCACUGGAAACGUGUCAUCGGUGCUUCCAAAAGUGAACUUCUCUGACCUCUACAGACGUCUACCUCAAGAAAAAACAAUGCAGGUCAACUUACCCAAGGUGAAGCUGCAAUACCACCAGGAGCUGGAAAACGCGCUGACCAGCAUGGGGCUCGGCUCUCUGUUCUCAGGCCCGGACCUCUCCGGGAUAUCUGACCAACCCCUCAGGGUGUCGAGUGUCCGACACGCCAGCACCUUCGAACUCAGCGAGGAAGGCGUGGAAGCGUCUGCCACCACUGCUGUGACGUCCAUGCGGUCCAUCUCCUUCUUUUCUGUCAGCUCUCCUUUCCUCUUCGCCCUCAUCGACGAUGCCUCUCUGGCCCCUCUCUUCAUGGGCAUCGUCACAAACCCUGCCCCUGACGACGACCCCAUGCCUAGUGACGAUCCCCAUGGCAACAGCACUAUGAGCGACCAACCUGGGACAGACACAGUGUGGAAAAGAGACAUGACAGAUGAGCAGAACAUCAGGUUGUGUAGCGAUACUGACACAGCAGAGAACAGCAGCAUGAAGACAUGCAGCGCCCCCAGAGAUGAGGAGGAACAACUGCAACUGGGACAGGAGGCCAGCAAAAGGCAGAACAAGACACGGGAAGACCAAAAUGACUCUGUACCAGCUGGAAACGUUUGAGUUCAGGAGUUCAACAGUGCAACAUUUCCGAAACACUAUGACCGCUAGUUAGCCGAGCUAUGUUGUCCAUAAAAACUUAUCAGCAUUUAUAUAUCAUCUUUUUGUAAUUUUCCUUUGACGAAACAGAACACUUGGGUUUCGUAAGGUGUCAAAUGUCUCCUUUAAGGCUACAUUCACCAAAAAUUCAGACCGUUUAUAAAAGAAACUUUUUUUCACAACUUGUUCAUUAUGAGUCGUUUCUUUCUCUACAGAUGUUUUUUUUUGGUUUUAAUUAUAUGAUCGGUCUUCUCAUUGGUCCAGCUCCCUUCCAGAGACCUGUGAAGCAAUGAAUUGAGAUCUGGCGCCACAAACGUCUGACCUGAAAUACAGGGUUUGUAAUUUCUGUUCUAAGGUUGUCCCUCAAUAAAAACAUCAUAUGA